CCUUCGCCCGAACCCAGGGGCGGGAGAGGACCGCCGCCGCCGCCUCCUCCUCCUGCCCGCGGCGGCCGGAACCCAGGUUAUCCUGAAUAACACAUGUCUGUAACUGUCUUGCCUGUGGGCAGCAUUAGGAGUUGUUCCUUGCUGCCUGAACACUAUCAGAAUUGCUGUAGGAAUUUUCGACUCAAUUGAUUCAAAAGAAAAAAACGGUAACAAAUGGACAAUAUGUCUAUUACUAAUACACCCACAAGUAAUGAUGCCUGUCUGAGCAUUGUUCAUAGUUUGAUGUGCCAUAGACAAGGUGGAGAAAGUGAAACAUUUGCAAAAAGAGCAAUUGAAAGUUUGGUAAAGAAACUGAAGGAGAAGAAGGAUGAAUUGGAUUCUUUAAUAACAGCUAUAACUACAAAUGGCGCCCAUCCCAGCAAAUGUGUCACAAUACAAAGGACAUUAGAUGGCAGGCUUCAGGUGGCUGGUCGGAAAGGUUUCCCUCAUGUGAUAUAUGCUCGUCUCUGGAGGUGGCCUGAUCUCCACAAAAAUGAACUUAAACAUGUGAAAUACUGUCAAUAUGCUUUCGACCUAAAAUGUGAUAGUGUCUGUGUGAAUCCGUAUCAUUAUGAACGAGUUGUAUCACCUGGCAUUGAUCUCUCAGGAUUGACACUGCAAAGUUCUGCUCCAUCAAGUAUGUUGGUGAAGGACGAAUAUGUUCCUGACUUUGAGGGACAGCCAUCAUUGUCCACUGAAGGACAUUCAAUUCAGACCAUACAGCAUCCACCGAGUAACCGUGCAUCUUCAGAGACAUACCCAGCCAUGUUAGCUCCGUCUGAGUCUAACACUACCAGCACCACUAACUUUCCCAACAUUCCUGUGGCUUCCACAAGUCAGCCUACCAGUAUAUUGACAGGCAGCCAUAGUGAUGGACUUUUGCAGAUACCUGCAGGACCUCAGCCAGGACAACAGCAGAAUGGAUUUACUGCUCAGCCAGCUACUUAUCAUCAUAACAGUACUACCACCUGGACUGGAAGUAGAACUGCAGCAUAUACGCCCAAUAUACCUCACCACCAAAAUGGUCAUCUUCAGCAUCAUCCGCCUAUGCCACCCCAUCCUGGACAUUACUGGCCAGUUCACAAUGAGAUUGCAUUCCAGCCUCCCAUUUCCAAUCAUCCUGCUCCUGAAUAUUGGUGUUCAAUUGCUUACUUUGAAAUGGAUGUUCAGGUAGGAGAGACAUUUAAAGUUCCUUCAAGCUGCCCAAUUGUUACUGUCGAUGGAUAUGUGGACCCAUCUGGAGGAGACCGCUUUUGCUUGGGUCAACUCUCCAACGUUCAUAGAACUGAAGCCAUUGAGAGAGCAAGGUUGCACAUAGGCAAGGGUGUGCAGUUGGAAUGUAAAGGUGAAGGCGAUGUUUGGGUAAGGUGCCUCAGUGAUCAUGCAGUGUUUGUGCAGAGUUACUACUUAGACAGAGAGGCUGGGCGAGCACCAGGAGAUGCUGUUCAUAAGAUUUAUCCAAGUGCAUACAUAAAGGUAUUUGAUUUACGCCAGUGCCAUCGUCAGAUGCAACAACAGGCUGCCACUGCACAAGCUGCAGCAGCUGCCCAGGCCGCAGCAGUAGCAGGAAAUAUCCCUGGACCAGGAUCAGUAGGUGGAAUAGCCCCUGCUAUCAGUCUGUCAGCUGCUGCUGGGAUUGGCGUGGAUGACCUGCGCCGCCUUUGCAUACUCAGGAUGAGUUUUGUAAAAGGUUGGGGCCCUGAUUACCCGAGGCAGAGCAUCAAAGAAACACCAUGCUGGAUUGAGAUUCAUUUACACCGUGCCCUCCAACUCCUAGAUGAAGUACUUCAUACCAUGCCUAUCGCAGACCCACAGCCAUUAGACUGAAGUCUCUCUGCUGUGGCUGUGUGUCAGGAUGGUGGACUGUAAAAUACAAUCCUGUUUAUAACCUGAAGAUAUAUUUUACUUUUGUUCUGCUUAAUCUUUUCAUAAAAGGUUGGAAAAUGUGUUUGCUGCCUUGCUCCUAGCAGACGGAAACUGGAUUUAAUACGUUUUCCCCCAUUUAGAAAUUGGUUUUCAGGUAUGAGACGUGACUCAGCGUGAAAUGGGGAAAACAUAUCCAGAUGAAGUCCUCACUAGCUAUAUAUGAAGGAAUCAUUCCAGUGCUGAAAAAUGUAACCGUUAGCCUUUUGUGUGCAAAAACCUAUAUAAUCUAUAGAUGUUAUUCUGCAGAAUAAAUCCAACAUUGCUAAUGUUUAAAUGCAGAGAAAGUUCUUGAAGAUCAUUUCACCUCUAUCUCAUACUGUAUGUGAGUGGUUACUGUUAAGCAUAUAUCUUAAAAAUACUGUACCAUGUAGGUGAGUUAAUAUUAUUAAGAGCAACUCAACUCUGCAUUUAAGGAGGUUCAGUCACAAAAAUUUCGUGUAACCUCUUCCCACAAUAAUUUCUUUGAAUCUUGAACAAGUGAAGACAAAAUCUUAAUUCAUAUUGUAACUUGCAGCUUCAAUUUUACAUUUGCUAAGGCUAAUAUGUAUGUACGUGUUUGAAAAUUCCUUAUUGCUAGGCAGAAAAAAAACUCGUUUUAAAUUACAUUUUGCUCCCUGUCUGAUAACUGUGAUUGAGAAGAGGUAUUUCUCUGCCCUGUUGAAGAAUAGUAGUUUUAUCUUUCUAAAUUUCUGGGCAUUGGGUCUGGUUACUAAAAGGCCUGGGACAGGAAUUGCUUUCCUUCAUUAAUUCAUAGGGAAAACUUUUGUAUAUUUUAAAACACUAAAAGGAGUAUUAUCACUCCACUUAACUAUCACACUGUUCUGCAACGCUGAUGAUACUUAAACUAAAUAAUGAAUAACUAGUAUUUUGGAAACGGCUAAAAUCCGUAUUAAAUACCGUGCAGAAUAACGGAAACAUUACAAUUGUUCAUAAUGGGUAGUUUAACUAUUUUUGUACUUGAUUUGAUGUGUGAUUUUUCGUAUACAGUUUAAAUCAUGUAUGUUAUGACAUUGUUUGAAAUUCAGUUUUUGUAUCUUGGGGCAAGACUGCAAACUUGUUUUUUAUACCUUUUGGUUAUUCUAAGCCCUAUGCCAUCAAUGCCCAUAUCAAUUGGCAAUGACUUUGUAUAAAGAAUUUAAGUAGGAAAAAAUUGCAAUUGUAUUGACUGUACAACAGACACAAUAUGUAUGCUUUUUAUCUAGCUAGUAGUACAAAUAAAACUGAAAAUCUCA